AUGCGAAGCGAGCAGGCCAUCUUAUUAGGAUCGACAUUGGCCACCUUUCUGAGCUGCUACGCCGUAUUCAAGCUUUCCGCCCGCUUCUUCUCUGACCAAGUCGACUCCACUUCCGGCUCUUGGAAGAACCUUCUCUCCGAUAUCGACACGGCCACAAAUAUUCACGCCAUGGAUCCAAACGCCAUCUUGGCCUUCCUCGUCGGCCUCGUUGCCAGCGUGGGUGUGCUUCUUUACCUCAACGCCGGCAAGCCAAAGCCAUGCCUGGACCCCAAGACUUGGCAGCAGUACCGGCUGCUUUCCAAGCAAGAGAUCUCGCCCAACACGGCCCUGUACCGCUUCAGGCUUCCCAAGGCCAAUGGCAUUCUCGGCCUGCCCAUCGGCCAGCACAUCAGCCUCCAGGCCAACAUCGACGGCAAGGACGUUAUGCGCAGCUACACGCCCACCAGCUCCGACGAUGACCGGGGCUUCUUUGACCUCAUCAUCAAGACGUACCCCCAGGGAAACAUCUCGAAGCACGUCUCGACGCUCAAGAUCGGCGACGCAAUCUCGGUCAAGGGUCCCAAGGGCCAGAUGCGCUACUCGAACGACCUGGCUGCUCGCAUUGGCAUGAUUGCCGGCGGCACGGGCAUCACGCCCAUGCUCCAGAUCAUCCGCGCCGCGCUCAAGGACAAGUCGGACACGACGGAGCUCGACCUCAUCUACGCCAACGUCAAGGAGGACGACAUUCUCGUCCGCGAGGAGCUCGAGAGCCUGGCCAAGGACAGUCCCAAGCGCUUCCGUGUCUACUUUUUCCUCAACGAGCCGCCCAAGGGCUGGCAGGGCGGCGAGGGCUUUGUGAGCAAGGAGGCCAUCGAAGAGCGCCUCCCCAAGCCGGCGGCCGACAGCAAGGUCCUCAUGUGCGGUCCCCCGCCCAUGAUCAAUGCCAUGAAGAAGCACCUUGAGGAGCUCGGCUUCGACAAGCCCAACACCGUCAGCAAGCUCCCCGACCAGGUCUUUUGCUUCUGAGCUGGCCACCACAGCCCGACAGAUGUGAGGGCUCGCGAGAUGAUGAUGGGAAAGCAACGAGGGGCGCUGGAGGAGAGUCCAGAGAAGCGAAGGCAAGGUGCAGUGCGAGAAGCGAAGGCAAGGUGCAGAGUAAGAAGCGAAGGCAAGGCGCAGUGCUCUGGAAAGGUGACUUUCAUGGAUAGGGAUUCGUGAAAGCAGUGGAAUUUGAUGGGAAAGUCGCAUGGUGUCAACAUCCAGGAUUAAAAAUACGCGAGUAGAGCAUCAGUCCGAUCAAGGUCCUGAGGUGAUCAGGUCCUUUCAAGUGUAGAGAUG